UGUUAACUCACCAUCGAGUGACAGUCAGUCAGGAUGGUCAGUUGUAUUUUUAUUCACUGAGAACAGCACAGCAGAGGAAUGAAGCUCUGAAACACGCCUACAUCACUGAGGGCCUGAUAAUGGCCAGCCGAAGAUGCUAGCAUUACCAUGGGCAGCGUUACUUUGCGCUACUUUUGCUAUGGUUGCCUCUUCACCUCUGUGACCUGGUCGAUUCUUCUGUUCCUGUACUUCAAUCUCACCCAGCAAAGCCGCCUGUCCAUCAGAAAUGUGCCCGUCCAGGGGCAGCAUCGCUUUCAGCCUCGUUUCACCCGAGACCCGGCGGUCCAGCGUAUAGACGGAGGAAAAGCUCACAUAGGUCAUGCUAUAGGGGCUGCCAAACCAGACUUCUCUCCAGAGCUUGGAAUGAUUUUUAACAAGCAGGAUCAAGAAGUGCGUGACCUGGGCUAUCACAAACACGCUUUCAACGUGCUCAUCAGUAACCGUCUGGGCUAUCACAGAGACGUGCCCGACACCAGGAACGAUAAGUGUAGAGGCAGGAUCUACCCCAUGGCCUUGCCAACAGCCAGCAUAGUGAUAUGUUUCUUCAAUGAGGCCUUCUCUGCCCUCCUGAGGACUGUUCACAGCGUGCUGGAUCGCACACCAAACUACCUGCUUCAUGAGAUAAUACUUGUGGACGACCAUAGUGAACUGGAUGAUCUGAAGGAGGAUCUAGACAUUUACAUUCAACAACACCUGCAGAAGAAGGUGAAGCUGGUUCGUAAUGAGAGGAGAGAGGGGCUGAUUCGUGGGAGGAUGAUUGGAGCGUCUCACGCUACAGGUGAGGUGUUGGUGUUUUUGGACAGUCACUGUGAGGUGAAUGAGGCAUGGCUGCAGCCGCUGCUGUCACCUAUAAAAGAAAACAGAAAAAACGUGGUGUGUCCUGUUAUUGACAUCAUCAGUGCCGACACGCUGGUCUACAGCCCCUCUCCCAUUGUACGAGGGGGAUUUAACUGGGGCUUGCACUUUAAAUGGGACCCAGUGCCCAUGUCUGAACUCAACAAUCCUGAUGGAGUGAUCAGGUCUCCUACAAUGGCUGGGGGACUGUUUGCCAUGGACAGGAACUACUUUCGUGAACUCGGUCAGUACGAUCGUGGCAUGGACAUCUGGGGAGGGGAAAACUUGGAAAUCUCUUUUCGGAUCUGGAUGUGUGGUGGCCAGUUGCUGAUCAUUCCCUGCUCCAGGGUGGGGCACAUCUUCCGCAAGCGCCGGCCCUAUGGGUCACCUGGAGGUCAGGAUACAAUGGCCCAUAAUUCCUUGCGCCUGGCCCAUGUCUGGAUGGAUGAGUACAAGGAGCAGUACUUUGCCUUACGUCCUGAACUAAGGAAUCGUGAUUAUGGGGACAUCAGUGAGCGGGUUGCCAUUAGGAAUCGCCUGCAGUGUCACUCUUUUAGAUGGUAUCUGGACAACAUUUACCCCGAGAUGCAAGUUUCCUCACCGCACAAGCCUCAGCAGCCCGUCUUCAUUAACAAGGGUUUGAAGAGACCUAAAGUUUUGCAACGGGGUCGGUUGCGUAAUUUGAUGGUUGAUAAAUGUCUGGUGGCACAGGGGCGUCCCAGCCAGAAGGGUGGUGCUGUUGUGGUGAGAGACUGUGACCCACAGGACCAUGAACAGGAGUGGGCCUACGAUGAGGAGCACGAGUUAAUUUUAUCCGGUCUGUUGUGUUUGGAUAUGUCUGAGAUCCGUUCUUCUGACCCGCCACGACUCAUGAAAUGUCACGGAUCCGGUGGGUCUCAGCAGUGGACAUUGGGGAAGAAUAACUGGCUGUAUCAGGUGUCAGUUGGUCAGUGUUUGGCUGUUGUGGAUCCCCUCAGCAUCAAAGGAUAUGUGGCUAUGGCAAUCUGUGAUGAUUCCCUGUCCCAGCAGUGGCAGAUAGUGAGUUGAAGUUGGUUGUUAAAGUGAUAUUGAGCACAUCCUCUGACUAAAGGAAGAACUGCACUGUUGCAGGACUCUCACUGAUCUAGACGGAGAUCACAGCUCUGGUGUGAACUUUCAUGGUCCUGUAAUCUUUACUCAGAAACAUCUAUUUUUAAGAGUAUUUUAAAAAAUAAUGGGUGUUUAUAGUAUUUGUAUGUUUUAAUCAUUUUAAAGUUCUUUUUGAGAUGUAACAAAACAAGAGUCAAAUAAUAUGCCCACUUACAUAAAUACAGACACACAAUCACAAUAAUACAGUGUAUAUAUAAUCUCUAAAUAAAAUGAGAAGAAAGAAAAUAGUUUUUGUUUUUUAAAUCAGAAGCUGUUUGCUUAAAGGAAUGCAAACAUAGAAACAAUUUUCAUUGUAUUACAGAUGUUAGAUGUGUAUUAUUAAAUUAUAAUCUAUAACAGUCUGCUAGAUUUCAUCUUUAAUUACAAUACAGGAUUGCUGCAUUGUGUGGUAUUGUAUCUGUAUUUGUUCACUUGUGUAAAUUUUCUUGUGCAAGUCAUGAUUUUGUUGAAUUUUCUUGAAUUCAUCAUGAUUGUUGAGUUUACCUUAAAAAGAUUUACCUCUUCAUUUCCAAUAAAGUUUAGUGGACUAUAUGAUUUCAGUAUUUUUUAUCUCUAAGGGCGCACUCAUAUUCGGCACGAUUGUCUUAUACUGUGCCCAGGCACAUUUGUCCCCCCUUCCCACUCCUCCACAAAGGCUUGCACUCACACUGUACUUUUAUCAAUCUUUCAACAUUAGCAUGCGAUUGUUUUGCAGAAGGGAAGUAAAGUGCUCUCUCAAAACUUGACCCCCUCGUAAUAUUAAGCUUGUGGAGCAUUGAUACAUCAUAUUGCUUAGUCGAUUCAUCGCUUAUGACGCUCACAUAGCGUUGCCGCCCGCACCAGAAGGUUUUGACAAAAGCAGAUGAAGUUGAAUUUCUGUUGCGCAACUGACAUCUCACCUUUUGAACUGUGCUUUGGGAUGAUUUGUGAGCACAGUGUGCUUUGUGCACCCGAGCCUACCUCUGCAACCGGGGCGAGGGCGCAAUAAACCAAACCACAGAGUGAUCACUCGAGUCAAAUGAACCAGGCUUUGGGGGUUAAAACAGGUUUUGAUAAUGUGAGUACCCUCUAAGUAUUUCAGUAAUAAGCAAUUGAUCAGAAACACAGACUUUGAAAUGUUCCAUUUUAAAUAAAUCAGCAGUGCCAUGAGUGCCUCAAUAACAUAAGAAGAUCACAUUAAUACUUAAGCAAAUGAGCAAUAUUUCAGAAGAACUCCUCAGUUAAUUAUUAAGCAGUUAUUCAUAAGUUUGGAUUUUAUGUGUAUAUUGGAAUGAUUUGGGAGAUCAUUUAUUAACUGGAAUAAUCAGUUAGUCUAGUAAUAAGAGUACAGUACAGAAGUCCAAUUUAAAUGUGAAUGUAAUUUGAUUAAAUUGCACUUACUGUCCUUUUUAUACUCAGUGAUGCCAAAUAAAAGUGAACUACA